AUGACGCAUCCGUAUUAUUGCCAGCAGGAGAAGGCCAAAGAUGCUUUCGAAAAGGUGCAAGAUGCCGCAAAGAAAAUGGGUGUAGACCAGCCGUUCAUUGACGAAGUUUGCCUCUGGGAUGACGCAUACCGUGAAGCGACACCACUCCUUCACAAGCUGGGUGAAGACCCUCACGAUAAUGCUUUGCUCAAGCAGCUGAAGGAGAUCAAUGAUAAUAUCACAGAAGGCAACAGAUCUGAAGACGCCAAAGAAAAGGAGAGCGAAAGAGUCUCUGGCAGCCAAUGGUUGAUCCCGGUUUCUUUCUUUGGACCUCACUACAAGGUGGUGCUGGAAGAGUACGCCGUCCUCCGAGACGACCCAGAGAACCAAACCGCGAGGAACCGCGUCUCUGCAGAGAAGAAACUCAUCGACAAGCUCAUCAGCAGGCAUCAUUUCCCGACGGAGUGGGGUGUCAUGUCUGCCGAUGACUAUAUCAGGCAGAAGUCUACCAACACUACCACGACAGCGACCGUGGCGCCCGGGACGGAGGUAUGA